AUGGGUUUCUAUUUACCUGGCCUGGCACCAGUCAAUUUUUGUGAAGAGGAAGUUGCGAAGCCAUCAUGUCCAAGUAACAUAACUCUUUUUGUUAAUCGUUUGGAUAGCGACCAAAGUGUCAUUCCAUUUGAAUAUCACAGUUUUGAUUUUUGUAUUGGUAGUGAAAAUGAAUCGCCAGUAGAAAAUCUCGGCCAAGUGCUGUUUGGAGAACGAAUCAGACCUAGUCCCUAUAAGAUAAGCUUCAAUAAACAAAAGCAAUGCAUGUUGCUGUGUGAAAGAAAAUAUGACAAUGAUCAAGAUGCGCAGAAAAAAAUGUGGUUACUUCGUAAAGGAAUGAAAUUAAAUUAUCAACAUCACUGGAUAUUAGACAAUAUGCCGGUGACAUUCUGCUUCAUCAAUCAACAAAAUCAGAAUGUCUGUACAACAGGUUUCCCGAUGGGCUGUUAUGUGACGAGUGAUGGUAAGCCGAAAGAUGCAUGUGUUUUAGAUUCACGCUACAGACAGCCUGAUAGCUACUACAUCUUCAAUCACGUCGAUAUUCUCAUCGAAUAUCGCAACAUGAGCCAGGAUCCAAAUUUCCUGGAUGAACAUGUAGGAGGUCGAAUUAUUCGCAUCAAAGUACAGCCACGGAGCAUCAAACAUGAAGCAAAAGAUAAGCUUGAUUGCGGAAUCACUGCGCAGCCGUUCGCCAUAAAAUCUGAUGAAAAUCCUAAAAGCAUCAUCUAUACAUACUCUGUUGUGUGGCAGAGAACUCAGGUGAAGUGGUCUUCACGAUGGGAUUAUAUUCUAGAUUCAGUUCCACAUUCUAACAUUCAGUGGUUCUCGAUCUUGAAUUCACUUGUCAUCGUUUUAUUCCUUUCUGGAAUGGUGGGUAUGAUACUUCUUCGAACGCUUCAUCGCGAUAUCAUCCGAUAUAAUCAGCUUGAUAAUGAGGAGGAUGCUCAAGAAGAAUUUGGUUGGAAAUUGGUUCAUGGUGAUGUUUUCCGUCCACCGCAACAUGCCAUGUUUCUCUCUGUAUUGGUUGGCAGUGGAUGUCAAGUGCUUUUUAUGGUUGCUGUCACUCUUGGUACAAGCUUAUUACGAUUAUCUUACAAUUUCGUAAAACUUUGGCUGCUGUUUGCCUGUCUUGGUUUUUUAUCACCCGCAAACCGUGGAUCUCUAAUGACCUUUGCGCUCGUUUUCUACGUCCUUUUUGGUAUCGUUGCUGGUUACGUAUCUGCAAGACUUUACAAAACAAUGAAUGGAUUGGCCUGGAAGACUAAUGUAUUUAUGACAAGUUUUCUUGUACCUGGAAUCGUGUUUACAGUAUUUUUCAUUUCGAAUCUGUUGCUGUGGGCAAAAGGUUCAUCAGCAGCAGUGCCUUUCGGUACACUUGUUGUGCUUCUAAUUCUUUGGCUUUUUGUCUCUAUUCCGCUAACAUUUAUUGGAUCCUAUUUUGGCUUCAAGAAACGUCCAAUUGAACAUCCAGUACGCACAAAUCAAAUCCCGCGACAAGUACCAGAUCAAUCUUUGUACACGAAACCAAUCGCAGGAAUGCUUAUGGGUGGUAUUCUUCCGUUUGGAUGUAUUUUCAUUCAGCUUUUCUUUAUUCUCAAUAGUAUUUGGAUUAUCAUUGGUGGUGGCGAUCAUUCUUGA